AUGGUUUGUUCGUCCAAUGCAGCCGUGAAGAUAUCAACUCUCUCUGGAGCUGCCAGACAGGAUGGAAGCUGGGGCAACAUUGUCAUAUCCGGGACGCACGACGAGCCCAUCAACAAGAUUCGUGUUUGGAAUGCUGGUCUGCUCGGAGAAACUCGGCAUGCGAACCUGUUGAUGAAGCAGGAAGACUACAGUCUGAACGCUAGUGUGAGCUGCAUCGAGAGCAUACCGCAUGUCAGCUACGAGACUGGCGUUCCUCUGUGGGUUGGGACGAGGAAGGGAAGCGUCUACUCCCUGCAUGCUCAACUCAGCGAGGCGCGAAUGGAUUCAGGAGAGGACGAGAGUUUGGAGCUCUGGGGGGUCUCUCAUGGCGAGGAGGCAUACGCGAAGGAAGGAGCAGGAGCGCCGCUCCACUCGUGCAGCUGCAGUGCGAUCUCGUUGGAUCCCAAAUCGCGCGGCAUGAGAGUUUUGUCUGCGGGAGAGGAUGGAAAUAUUUUUGAGGUGCAGAGAAAUAGCUCCGGAGGACUGGAAGAAGCAACGAUGAGGGUUGAAAAUGCUGAUUGGGUGUCCAUCAACGAUCUCAAGUUUGACAGCCAAGGAGACUUCUUCUUCACUGCCGGUUCUGCUGGAGGGUUGAAGAUGUGGAGCUCGAACUCGAAAGACUUGAAGCCCAAGACGUUCGACAACGCGCAGCGACACAACCUUGUGGCCAUCCAACCCUUCGGGAGCUACGUAAUCGCAGGGUGUGAGGAGGGCCCGAUACUCGUGUAUGACAUCAGGAACGAGAAGUCGUUUGUCUCUGCCCAUGCAUCGGAAGACUUCAAGGACGGUUUUCACAAGGUCUUGAAGUUUGUCUUGUUCCGAGGCAGACCCGUUGAGACUCGUUAUUCGCAGGCUGUCAACGACGUAGGAGCCGUGAUCUGCGACAAGUCCCAGCGAGACAAGAGCGUUCUGUGUGUGGCAGCGGCUGAUACAGGGAUCCUCAUCGGUCAGAGACCUUCGUUUGUCUGA